UACAAGGCUACAGACACUGCCAGCCAUGUUCUGCCUCGAAAAAUAAAUUACUGGGUUUUGUUUUUUUUGUUUUUUUUUUUAGCAUUUAAACGCGCAUACCAAGAUUAGUCUUGGAGGGGUAUAUUUAGUUUUUAUUUUUAUUUUUUCCCAUCACAUAACAGGAUUUUAAGGGGAAGGAUAAUAAAAUGUCUUCGCCCGAGCAGGAGAUGAGGUCUGGCGUUCAGCUGGUGAGCGCGCUGCUGCUGCUGCUCUCGCUCUCUGGUUGUUCGAGCAUGGAUGUACUAGUGUCCAGUUACAUCAAUGCACUCAAUGGAACAACUGUCACAAUCCCCUGCACCUUCACUUCCUGCUACAAGAUUGACCGAACCAAGUUUGCUAUGAAUUGGACUUACCAAGAGACCCUAAACAAUACAGAGGAAAAGUUCAUGACUUAUGAUAAGAAUAAAGGAAUGCAACCAGUACCUUCAAACCGGUUUGGAGACAGGGUUGUGUUUUCUGGUAACCUGGAGAAGAAUGACUUAUCGAUCACGCUACAGGACGUUCAACUGGAGGACGAGGGGCUUUACAACUGUUAUGUGAGGAACCCCCCAGAUCGCAUCCAAGGACAUGGUGUCAUUAACUUCAAUGUUGUCACAGAACUUCCCCCUCCAAGAGAUUCAACCAUUGCUGUUGCUAUUGGGGCAUCAGUGGGGGGAGCUUUAGCUCUGCUAAUACUUUCAAUGGUGGUGGUGAAAUGUCUCCGCCGACAUCGGAAGCAAGAACUGAUUUCAGAGGAAAAGAUGGAAGAGGAGGGGAAGCUCGAGCCUGAAGCUGUUGCAGAGGAGGGAACCAAAUUACCGCAGUAAUCUGGACCAGUCUCUGGAUCUUCGACUUCCUACUCCUCGUUUUGAGUUGUGCACCACUUCCUUCAGAAACUAUAGUUACCACUGCUUGAAUCAUCUCACUGGCUGAACCUAUUUGCAUGUGUGUCUUGUGUGCCACAUGCACAAAACAGAGAAAAUCUUGUGUUUGUAAGGACUGAAUGUAUCGAUGUACAUAUUCAUCAAUGAAAUGGCUGUUUUUAGCUUUCUUCCUUUAAUCAUGGACUAAAAUCUUCUGAAUUAGUUUAUCGAUAUUUUCAAGAUUUCAUCAACAAUAAUAAUGCAUUUCCUGAUAUUUCCAUGACCUCUUUCCCACCAUUGUCAGGUCAAUACUGGAUAAGUUAUAAUUUACAUCUGAGAUUUCAACAUGACAAUAUUUUUCUCUUCCUUUGAUUUUUUCAGCCUACAUUACAGUGGUCUGGGAAUGUAAAAUUUUACAGCAGAUGUACAUUUUGGUAUUUCAAUCCCAAAUUAGCUAUAUUAGAUAAAUAAACUUCCAGUCAGCAAAUUAUUCUGACUGGAUCAAAUAUGAUUUUUGGUAUGUGUUGCAUAUGCAUCAAUAAUUGUUAGUGGUACAUAUAAAUCACCUUGGGUCUUGGUUAAAUUGAGUUUAAAGAAAAUAGUGUUUGAGGACUCAAAACCGGUUAAAAGUUACUAGAAUGCAAUAACACAGAAAUCACAUAUCUUUGGGCAAAAAAAUUACAAUGUGUAUAUAUAUUUAUUGUUCUUUAUUUUAUAGUUCUCAAGGUUUACAGCAGAGUCUGAGUCAUUACGUCAAAAGGUUCAGGAUAGAUCAAGCCAAAUGAAGAAAACCAAGGUUUAUUUUAAUCCAGAAGAACUGCUGUUCAGAUAAAACAAAUUUCACAAGUACAAAAAAAUAGAGGUUUACAAAGCAGGCUAAAAGAUUACUGAUGGUAAAAAUGGCACUUUAUGGUACCAUAAACUGUUUUCAAUUGCACAUUUUAGAUCUUAUUACAAUUUUAAGAAGAACAAAGAAAAAACUCAAAAGCUGUAAUCUUACCAAUGUCUGGUGACAGGCUUAUGAAGGCAAAAUGUUGAUAUUUUAAAUUUACAUAAUAUAAGGCCAAGGGAUCCUGCAUUGUGCUCAGCUAAGCUUUUUUCAGUUCAUGUCUCGAUAUAGCUAAUGCAGUUAGCGUUAGUAUUGCUGACUGGCUGUAAUAACAGCCGGUCAGCUGUUGCUUGACAGCUCAGCCAAUCUAUGUUUUUGUGCCAGUGAUGUCUACUCAUGUCUGAGCCAGAGAUUAUUCUUGAACAUUCCAACAAUUGUGAACUUUUGACAAAUCGGAUGCCUUUAUUCAUUUGGCCUUUUAGAGGAGACAAUUUUUUUUUGUCACAGCGGAAAAAGCACAAAUACAACUAAUCACAUUUGCAACAGCGCCGAUUUAAAGAAGUUAAUGAUUAUGGUACGCUCUUUGCACUCUCACCUUUAUCUUUGAGUCUUUAAAUUGUUUAAGUGAAAUAGACUUCUUACCUUUUCUAGAUAUUUUGAAAAUAAAAAUAUAAAAAGAGUAUAGAAAAACUCUAGAGGUGCACUGUGUCUUAUAUAGGAGCUUUGAAGGUGGCAUUUGAAUGACAUUACUACAGUCAGCGGGAAAGCUAGAAGCAAUCACAGGAAGAGAUUAAAACUUUCUGGACCUGUGUGCACACUGUCUUCUUUCAAUGUCACUUUCUAUUAAUUGCCUUUGUUAAUGUUCAUUGAAAGAUUAGUGAUACAUUUAUGUUUUUUUUUUUUUUUUUUAAUGUAAUAAGUGACCUGGUUAAUAUUAUGUGAAUUGUGGUUCAGAGCAUUUUAUCAGAUUUAAUUCAAACAGAAAAACAAUGUCUGUGAUAUUUCUGGUGAAGAUUAUUAUUAUUUACUAUUUUAUAUUUUUACAUAAUGGCCUAAACCUAACCUACAAAGAAAUCCCUUAAAGUUGGGGUAAUGCUUUUAUAAAAGGAGAUAUAGAUCUGGACAAAUGUGUUGCCUGCCUUGUAAAAAUUGUAAAAUAAAGCCCAAAAGAAAAUGAGCUUUUCCUGCAGUACUAUGACCUUGCACUGACUAAACAACCUCUAUUUUGAAUACAUGGAUGCAGUGGGGAAAAUAUUAUAGGAACAUUCAGAUAGUCAAUGCAGUUAAGUUAUUAAUACUAAUUGCAAAUUUAGAUAUUAACUUUAUUUAUGAUACUAAAUGAAGGAAGGCUCUCUUUCUAAAUAUUACAAAACAGCCUAAAAGACAAUUCCUAUAAAUACCGAACAUCUUUUACAAGGCAUUUUGAGCAUUUAUCUUUAGUAAUGAACUUAAAGUGAUCACCGUAAUCUUGAGUUCCCUUUAAUAUCAGAUUUAAAUUGAGUCUCUGGCUGAGCCACUCUGAAACAUUAACUUUCGGCAGAAGAAACGCUGGCAACAUUAUUGCUUCUCUUGAAUUAAUUCUACUCCACAGAUGUUCUUUGGGAUUCAGAUUGUGAUAUCUGGAAGAAAGAUUCUUUUGUGUACAGUAAAUUAGAGUCCAAAAGAUUCUUAUUAAAAAUAUUUUGGUAUUUUAAUAAGUUCAGAAAAGAAACAGGCCAACUGCAUGUCAGAUACUCUACUGUAUUUGAGUGUGAACAGUGAUAUGUAUUUUUUGUUUAAUGUCAAUUGUUGAAAGGUUUGAUUUUGGUCUCUUGAAUUUGGCCAAUUGGAAACAAUAACAUUUGUGAUUAAAACAUAUUUUUGUUCCAGCACUCACACAACUAAUUACCAUGUACAUAGUGACUGACUUUCUUUGGACUAGUAAUUUUGUCAAAAGCAACUAUUUACCUCCCUUCAUAUAAAUUACUAAAAUUAAAUAUAUGACUUUUACAAACCUUUCUCUGACAGAUGCUACUGCAACAAAAGAUACAUUUAUUUUAGGCCUUUUUGCAGAACUUUAUGAGUUCCUUAGAAAACACACAUUUGUACGUGACAAAACUGAUUUUACAGUUAUUUAAAGAACAAAACAACUUUAGAAUAUAAACUUACUAUAUUAUUACCUGGAGAUUCACCCGAUUGAACAGUCACAUUAUUAUUUCACUCAAAAUUAUUCUCAUUUGUUCUUUUAGGAAUGAGAAAUAUGUAGUGUCAAAUGAAGUGAAAUAUUCAAAACCAGAUUUUUUAUUUAUUUAUUUAUUUUGCCAGCCAGAGACAUAUCAAACAAAACAAAAAUUACAUUGCGCCCACAAUCAUGUUUCAUAAUGCUGUCAAUAAAUGUCGUACAAUUUUAUAAAGGUCAUGAAAUAAAGACAUAUAAACAACGGUUAUUUAGUAAUAACGCAUAUCAGGGACCCAUCAGAUCUUAGUACUAGCAGUGGUAAUUUUACAAAACAAUGCCAAAUGAUGAACAACAAAAUGUUUUACAUUCUGUUGAUUAACUGACUGGAAAGCGCACACAGUGUAGUUCUAAUUAACCUGCUUAUCUGUGAGAUUUAAUUAUCCACCAAAGCUAGUAAAAUUAAUUGUUUUGGCAGCUGAAGCAUGCACAUUUUAAAGCACUGCCAUAAAUGCAUGUCACAUUCCAUAUAUCAAAAGAAAUAUCUAAUAUGAAGAUAGCAUCACUUCUUUUUGAUAUAAAAACACAUUGCGAUGUGAGUCACAGCAUGUUUGCUUCAGCAGUCAGUGGUGCAGUUUAUGACUCUUUGUAAAUUUCUUAUUUAUUUUUUGGACAUAUAAUUUAGAGUCAGUAACUUAUGUGCACUUUAUUGUGAUUAGUUUUCCUCUUGUAACUGUUACCUGCUUAUCUGUGAGAUUAGUAUCUAUGAAACUGAAUAUAUUUGAAAAUAUUUUAAAAAAUCCUCUGAGCUAUAUUGUUUAUUGCCAGGUGGAGUUUAUUUUUAAAGACUGCAAUAACAUUAGGUUCACUGCAAAAAAAUCAGAAAUGUAUAAAAUACUUGUGAAGUUCAGCUGGUAAUAAGAUAUGGCUAGAAAAUGUGAGCCAGAGGAAACUGGAUUUGUAAAAGUACAACUUGUUAAAACUUUAUGGUUAGAUUUGAAAAAAAUGAACUGCAGUUCUAAAAAAAAAAACAAGAGUUCAGUAAGAUUGAAAUGAUCCUAGCUUCCUUGAUUGAUAGAUUCUAAAUGUUUUUCAUUACCAAGCCCCUCCUCUAAGUAUAACAAUAAAGACAAGAAGUUUAAUAGCUGGUAGACCCAGCUAUUAUAUUUAGUGACAUUAUGUAAUAUCGACUGUUGUUCCAUUAGAAUCACGUUGGAACUAUAUGGUAUGUUGUUAAUGUCACUUGCUUAUUAGCUGAAGCUCAGUGAUUUCUUGUUUUGCCUGGGGUGAGGUGAAGUUUGGAGUUUAAUAGUAAGUCAUUUAGGAGCUGCAUUUUACAGUAAGAGAACACACUUUUUCAUGGAGAGAAAAUCUAUGAGUGCAAUAUAUAAAACAACAGAACUGUACACAAUAAAAAAGAGAAACUUUCUUUCCCCCCUAUUUUUAUGUAAAAACAAUAGUAGAAAAGGUUGGGAACUACUUGAACUACUUGAAAAGUGGGUUGAACCUAUUUAAAUUUGCACAUUAUGAUGUAACAUUGAUAUAGUCAUAAUUACAUGCAGUUUUCAAAGACCUCUAAUUAACAUUAGACAACUGAGCUGUUAGCAGUCAGUACGGAGCUGUGAUUUGUUGACAUGUUGAAUAGUUUCUGCAGAGUUGUUUCAGUAGGAAAAAUUCAAAUUUGUGUUAGCUUGAGGACAUUGCUUCCUGUGUAUCCACGCAUGUUCUGGAGAAAAAUGAACUGCAGUUCAUGUUCAGAUGGCAGAAUAUUAUGUGGAGUAAAGAAUGUCUAUAUUGGCUGUAUGAUGUCAUAGAUCAUGCUGUUUAUGAUAGGAUGUCUUGUAUUUCCACGCAGACAGAAAUAAAAAAAAUUAAAGAAAAAAUAUUAUUACUACGAUAACAUUUUUUGGUUUUGUAUUAUUGUAUCUCACCUCUGGAAAUGAAUUUCCACUAUUUUCUUUGUUUCACUGUGAAAAAACUUACUUGACAUGUAGGUAAUGCUUGACCUGUGCUGCUUCUCAACAAGUUCUGUCACAUCAUAUAAUUAGAAUAAAGAUUAAGAAACA